AUGCCUCCUAAAAGAAAGACCAGAGCAGCCGCAGCAGCCGCCGCAGCCGCAGCAGAAGAUACAACCACAACCACAACGUUAGAUAAAAAAGAGACAGAAACACCAGUCGUCUCUCAAAAAAGCAUCCCAACCAAGACCGAGACUAUUACAGAGACGAUCGUUGAAGAAACUACCGAGACAUCCAAAGGCAAACGCAAGCGGACCACAACCCAAUCGAAAGUUACUGUUACUGUUGACAAUAGUGCACAAGAUGCAUCAGAGGAAUCAGAACAAAACGUAGGAUCGGAUGAUACCAAAAUGAUUGAAUCCAAUGACAAGACAAACGAAAACGAAAAAUCUCAAAACCUCGAAUCUGGAUCCACAACAAGCGUAAACAAUAACAACGAUGAAAACAGCACUGAUAAUAGCAAUGAUGACAAUAAUGAUGACGAGGCACAGCCAGCUACUCCUAAAGGAGCAUUAGCCGAACGCAUGGAAAAGCUCAAAGCAUUGAAGCGACGACGAGUUACCGAGGUGGAACAAGGAAAUCGUCGAGACCGUAAUCUUGAGUUUCAGCGUAGCAAAGAGAAUCCUAGAUUGGAUGCAAGGAAUGAGAGAAAGAAACAAGAGUCAUUGAAACUGAAAGAAAAGCAGGACGCUAAAGAUAAUGGUGAAGAUUAUGAAAGAAAACAGUUUUGGAAAUACUCGGCAGAGUCGGUUGAUUCUUGGGAGAAGAAGAUGGCCAAGAAAGCAAAGAUGGCCAACAAUGGAUUUACUGAAAGAAAGAAGAAGAAGAAUAAGAAGAAGCCUUUGGAUCCUCCAUACACACAGACAUUCACACUUUUGCUCUUUGUAGAUCAUACUCAGGCUGCCCACAAAAAAUACAUCAAGUUAAUGUCAGACUUCAAACCUGACAUGAACUCAUACGCUGAAAAGAAAUUGGAAAGCAUUGAGCGUGCUAUUCGAAAUGGAGAAGAUCCCUCAGACUUUGCUUCUGCUGCCAAUAACCUUGAAUACGCUUCUGUAACCGACAAGACAUCCAAAGAAGCAAUCGAGCGCUUGGCCCAAGACACCAAGAAACAGAUCAUUCAACGCGAGACCCGUUCGCGUGAUCGCAAGGAGUCUUCUGAUGAUAUUUCGUGGAUCAAUGAAAAGAACCGCGUCUUUAACCAAAAGAUUUCCAGAUUCUACGAUAAAUAUACAAGAGAAAUUCGCGAGAACCUCGAGAGAGGAACUGCACUGUAG